AUUAAUAAAAAUAAAAACAUAAAGACGUUGUUUAAUAUAAGGUAAAAUUCCCGUUAGAAUCAAACGACACCGUUUGGUAAGUUUUUAAUCCACCGCCAAGUCGAGGACGCAAACUUUGGAAAGGAUCGAUGAACGACAAGGAAGAGGAAGCGAUGACGGAGGCUCGUAUCAAAACUGUAGUGGAAGCCAUUCAUUCGAGUCCCACUCAGUCCGUUCUCUAUCUCGCCGGCGGAGCCUCUAAGGCCUUGGGAUGGCUACUGUCUGUUCCAGGAGCUUCAAACACAGUCCUUGAAGCUGUGAUCCCCUAUUCCAGAAUGUCCACUAUCCAAUUACUUGGCAAGGUUCCGACCCAAUUUUGCAGCCAACGCACUGCUGAAGAAAUGGCUUUGUUAGCCUACAAUCGAGCUCUCAAGCUCUCCAGACCAGGUUCCCCAGUUGUUGGUGUGGGAUUUACUGGUGCAUUGGCCAGCAUACGACCGAAACUUGGGGACCACAUGUUUCACUUGUCAACAAGGACAUCUGACCGACUUUGGGUAUCAACGGUUACUCUUUCUAAGGGUUUGCGAACUAGAGAGCAAGAAGAUUUUCUCUCAAGUCAACUUCUACUUAAGGCUAUUGCGUAUGCAUGCAAAGUUCCAGCAACAUUUGUUUCAGGGUUAACUGAAUCUGAAGCAACUAACGAAUGCGAAAAGCAGUUCAGUGAGGAUCAAGAAUUAGAGCAACUUAUAAACGGAGAAAUAUGCUUUAAGGUUUAUCCGUUUUCAAGCGACAUACAUGUGACAAAUGCGGAAAGGAAAGUGAUAUUACCUGGUUCUUUUAAUCCAUUACACGAAGGCCAUCUCAAGCUCUUAGAAGUUGCUAGUAGCAUCUGUGGCGGUGCCUAUCCAUGCUUUGAAAUAUCAGCAGUCAAUGCAGACAAACCUCCACUUUCAAUAUCACAAAUUAAAGAUCGUGUCAAGCAGUUUGAAGAAGUUGGAAAAUCAGUAAUUAUAUCCAAUCAACCUUACUUCUAUAAGAAAGCAGAAACUUUUCCAGGCAGUGCUUUUGUAAUUGGUGCUGACACAGCAGUGAGGCUUGUUGAUCCCAAGUACUACGAUGGGGACUACAAGAAGAUGCUGAAAAUUCUAAUUGGAUGCAAGGAAACAGGGUGCACUUUUCUUGUCGGUGGCCGUAAUGUUGGCGGUGUUUUCAAGGUUCUUGAAGAUAUUGAAAUUCCGGCGGCGUUAAAAGACAUGUUCAUUCCAAUACCAGCAGAGAAGUUCCGCAUGGAUAUAUCCUCCACCGAGAUUAGGAAACGUCUUGGAAUUUGAAUGUCACAGCGACUUUUAAUUUUAAAAUACGAAGAGAUAGAAAGUAACAAUGACUGAGAAUGAUAUUUGUUAAAAGGAAGAUGGACUUCCUUAUUCCUAUACAGAUUUAAUCAAAUGUAAUUCAAUAAUGCAAGAGCCACCAAAUUUUGUUUACAAAUAAUGUGGUUAUCGGAUUCACUUUUCAUUAUUAACAACUAUUGUACUGCCACGUUACUUGGUGAACAAGUAGAAACGGUGUCUCUUGCAAUACCAAAUGAACUUACAUUAAAUGUGAACCGUAUGUUUUGUUCUA